UAUGUGCAUACAAUGUCCAGAACAGAGAAAUUGUCAAAGGAAACUCCAGCUGGAUGGCUUGGCUUUUACUUGCAGAAUUCUUACAUGCAGUACUGCAGUGAAUAACAACAUACAUAGCAGCAGUGCAUGCCCUGUGCUGUACAGUUAGCAGAAAUUACAGUGCAGAUAGACAGUGUUUGCAAAACAAGAGAGCUCUGUAAACAAGAUGUGCAGAGCUUACAAAAAAACACUGGUCACAGGUCCAAAAGGUGUGCCUUGGUCAUAAGUCAAAACAGUUAUUAAACAGAUCAUUAAAUGGAGAAUCUCUGUACAAGUUACAACAGGACAGAGCGGGGCUAAGGGGCUUGAGGAAGGCACAGCUAGCAAGCAUCUCACAUCAGACGGUGGAAAUGAUGAAAUAGCAUGAGGUUACACAUGUGGGAAAUACCAUCAGCUGCAGAGUGUAGUGGAGCCACUGCAGGAUAACCCCCUUGACAGCUUCUGACCAGAAAGUUGGAGAAGGAAAGAAGAGUUUUGUUCUGGCAGAAACGAUGGGGGAGGGGAAGCCACAAAUGUCAUGGAGAAGUGAGUGCGGGCUUGUCUAGCCAUGGCAGGGAACUGAUGUGUGAACUAAGUGGUGCAGAGAGCUGAUGUGCCAGAUGAGCACCAAGAGGGACCACAAAUAUCUGCUAUAGGAGACCCCAAAACAAAACUAGGCAAAGUAUGGAAAGAAAAGGAAGCAAAUAGACCAGAUAAAUACCAACCAGGGAAAGGUGGCCCAGCAACACUAAUGACAUGUAGAAUCAAACUUAAUGAAAAUUAAACAGCAGUAGCUGCCUGGGAAUCACAGACUUGCCUUCAACCAGUAAUAAGGUUCAGAAGACAGAAGGUGAACCUCAGUGGGCUGGGCAUGGGGUUUUCAUUUCCCAUGGAAACCUAUACCUGUAUGUCUUCAAAUGUAGAAAACUAUGUACCAUUUUCCAACACGCAUGAAACAUACACUGUUUACAAAAUGAUGAAAAGGUGUUUGGGAAUCUAAAAGUGUAUUUCUGAGCCCUGUGUUAGGGUGCAGUGUUCCUGGGGUUCUGUGCCCAGGGCUGGGGAGUAUUGCUUGAGACCACCAGAUAUCUGCAGGGGCUACAUGGCUGAGACCCACGUCUGCAGCUGACUGUCUAGUUUUUAUGUGGUCACAUUAAUAAGUUUCUCAUUUAAGGAAGCUAAGAAGAAAGACAAGUAAAACUCAAAAAUAUAAACAAGGAAUUAUUACAAGUGAAAACAAAAGCCAAAUCAAUGAAAAAUGAAAUCUUAGGGCCAGGGAUUUAGUUCAGUGGUGCAGUGCCUUCCUGGCAAGCAUGGGGUCCUGAGUUCCAUUUCUAGUAUCCCAAAACAAAACAAAACCUUGUUCCUUGAAAAAUCUGGUAAAAUUGGCUAACUUAAAAAUGUGAAACUUCACAAUGUAUAAAGGUUUUAAAUGGAAAAUAAAUAGGAAAUAAUGUUUUGAAAAGCCAAAUUGCCAAAAUUGAACCAGGAGAAAUAAAAUACUUGGGUUAAUAAAUGAAUGAAUAACAGAGAAAGUAAAUCACAGUAAAAAAUUUUAUCCCAAAUAUACCACGUAGGUUUUUCGGAAUAUAAAGAUACCAAUACUAACUUCAGCCAACUUACAUAAAGAAUAUAAAAGAGAGAAGCAACUCAACAAACUAAUGAAGGAAGUGCUUUAGUCACUUUCUUGUCCCUGAGACACGCUCAUAAACUAAGAGAGAGGCUUAGCUCAGCUCAUAGUUUUAGCCCAUUAUUAGCCAACUCCCAGGCAUCAAUGGCAUGGCAAAGCGGCAAGCCCUGGGAUGUUCCUUCCAUCAUGAUGGUUAUGAAGCAGAGAGUGGGAAGGGGACCCUCUGGGUCACACCCCCAGUAACUGCCUCUCCCAACUAGACCCCACCUCUUAAUAGCAAAUGAACUAUAAGGCCUCAUCAUCCAGUCACCUUCCAAAAGCCCCUACCUAUGAGUGCAUGAGGACGUUGAGGGACAUCUAGAUAUAAAUCAGCAUUUGACCCAUGGCCUCCAAAAGAUGUGUGUACAUUUCUUUAUGCAAAACAAUUAGCUCAUCUAAGAAUCACCAAAGUCAGCAGUCUUAGCUGAAAAGUUCAAGUCCAAAGUCUCCUAUGAGAUGCAAGGCAAACUCAUAGCUGUGAGCCUUUAUAAAAAUCAAAAAGCUAAACAUUAUUGACAUACAAUGGCACAAGGUAAACUUUCCAAAUGGGAGGAAUAGGGGGCUGGAAACCAGUGGGACAAUAGCAAAACCAAAACCCAUCAGGGCAAACAUUAAACCAUGUAGCUACAUUUUCAGUACCUUGGACAAACCUGAGCUCCAAAAGACUUGGAUGGCUUCAUUCUUACUACAUUGCAGGUUGCAACACUCAUGGCUUCUCUUCAGGUAACUUUGCUCACUGUCUAUGGUCUUCUUCAGCCAACAUUUCUUUUUUUUUUUUUUUUUUUUUUAUCGGUACCGGGGAUCGAAUUCAUGACUGCCUGCUUACAAGGCAGGCGCUUAUGCCACUGGGCUAAAUCCCCAGCCCCUCAGCCAACAUUUCUGAUUCCUGGCAUUUCCAGCUUCCUGGAGUCUUCAUUGCACUUUCAGCUUUACACCCAAAGCUUUAUGCACUGCCCUCUCAGGAACACACUUUCCUGGCCUCCCAGGCCUGCUCCUGAAAUCUAAGUGGAAACCUCCCACAUUACAACUCCUGCAUUCUGCAUGCUUGUGAAACUAGCACCACACGAAUGACAUUUAGGUCUGCAAACAGUUCAGGCAGUAGUGGGCCCCCUUGUGUCAUGACUGCAGAGGCCUAAAUAGCUGAGUACCCUGACUCAAAUCCAGAGGAACCAAUUCAUCAGUAGUCUGUUUUGAGUAGGGUGCUCUGGGGAUGUCUUUUCAAAGCAGAGUCUCAUUUUUGUACCUUGGAGCCCUGGAAGGGUGAGGUUUUGCUGGUACUUCAUGUAUGCUCAAGGCAUGUUUCCUAUUGUCUCCAUCCAAAGUACUUGGCUUCUUUUUAAUGCUAAUUGUUCUAGCAGCCAAGCUAUCCUGGACCAAAACUUUGUAAGGAUCAACAUUAUUGGUACUUUCUUUCUGUCCACCAGCAAAAUUUUUCAAGUUAGUUUGCUCUGCUUUUUGGUCCCACUUCUCAUGAUAGAUAUAGCUAAAAGCUGCCAGCAUUGCUCAGGCCACAACACUGGACUGUCUUGAAAUUUUUUCAACUAGAUUAAUUAGUCUACCAUCCUUAAUCUCAAUCUAUGUUACACUCUCAGGACAUGAGCAAAAUGUGGACAAAUUUUCUGCCAGAGCACAAUGCACAUGGCCUGGAGUCUAAAUGGCAAAGCACUCCUUGUUCCCAACUGACACCUCCUGAUGUUGGUCUUUACCAUCUGCAUUUCUGCCCACAUUCUGGUCUUUUGCACUCCAAUAAGAAUCUCCUGUCAAGUUCAGCUGACAGUAUUCUAGGGCUUCUCUAGUUGGCUCUCCAAAUCUUUCCAAACAUUUGCAACAAACCACUUCCAACUGUUUCUGAACCACAUGUCCAGGUACAUCACAGCAGCUGCUCCACUUUACUGGCACCAAAGUCUGUCUUAGUCCUGUUCUUGUUGCUAGGGCACAAUAACAGCACCCCAACUAAAGGAAGAGAGGCUUACCUUGGCCCACAGUUUUAGUCCCUGGUUAGCUGACUUCCAGGCAGAGAGCAUGGCAAGAGAGGCCCAGCACUGGAAAGCUGCUUAUGUUGUGAUGGCAGCCAGGAAGCAACAGAGAAGAAAGGGGAGCAGGAGGGAGAUGAACACCCCCAUGGACCCACCACUUCUGAUCAUGUGCCACCUCCUAACAGCAAGCUGGCUAGAAGCUACAAUGGUCAAGUCAUUUCCAAAAGGCCCACGUAGGGGCUCAUGAGGCUUUUAGGGGAGGUCUAGCUUUAAACCAUUCCAUCAAGUAUAACCUUGGUACCCCAAACUGAAAAGAUCAUGUAAGAAAAGAAUCAUACAUUUGUGAAGGUAAGUGCAAAAAAUUCCAAAAGCCCAAAUGAAUGUUUUACAUAAAAGCAAUAUGGGCUGGGGUGCCUAGUAUGUGUGAGGCCCUGGGUUCAAUCCCCAGCAUUGCAAAGAAAAAAAAAAAUAACACAUUGUCAUCCCUUUUUUCCAGUACUGGGAGGGUAGUGCAGUGUCAGAAACAUGCUAUUUUAAUUUUCUAGAAAACUAACAGAAGCAAGUCACCAGUCCUGCAGACAUACACACAAAAAUGUCUUCAUUGGCUUGGAGAACUGUGGAGUUCUAAGCAAGCAGGCGGGCACCCACUUUCCCCUGAGCCCAGCUUGUUUGGGACCCUCUAGCCUUCUGGGUACACUGGAACAGCUAGGCUGGUCUAGGACACCUGCAUCCGCCUCCCCAUUCAAGCUGUGCUUGGAGAACUGUGGAGUUCUAAGCAACCAAGUGGGUGCCCACUUUCCCCCAGAGUCCAGCUUGUUGGGACUGUGGAGUUCUAAGCAAGAAGGCAAGCACCACUGGUUCCAGAGGCCCGGCGGCUUGGGGGAACAGGAUGCCAGAGGCCCAAGAGAUGCGGGCAUAGAAGUGGAUUUCCAACAGAACCUGAGGAAGCUUUCGAAUAACACUUGAAACACAGAAAUACAGGAAAAUGACAAAAUGAAAGACCAAAUUCCAAUCUCAAACCUCCAGCCCAUCCCAAGAAACCUUAGGAGUGAUGUAUAUAGAAGAAAAUAUAUGCCAUAUACCUCAAAUAUCAGACAAUAGCUACUGAAGUAAACAAGCAACUCCAGGAAGCUUUAAAGGAAUUCAAACUAGAAAUAAUCUCCCACAUAAAAGAAGCAAUGAUAAAAGAAAUGAAAGAGAUGCUGAACAUAAGAAAACACAGUUAAAAAAUUGGAGGAACUAAACAAAAAGAAUCCCUAGAUGAGCAAUAUAAGAAACAAACAGAAUACAUAAAGCAGAUGCACAAAGAUACACAGGAAAUCAGAAAUUCCACUGAAAGCUAUAAAAACCGCCUCAAUGAAAGUGAAGAUAGAAUUUCAGACCUUGAAGACAAGAUUGCAGCUAGAGAACAGGAAAGGAAAGAUCUUUUAAAAAUAACAAAGAAUCAGGAAAUAAUUCAACUGCAAGAUGAUUCAAAGAAAAACAACGUAAGAUUGAUAGGGAUUAAUGAAAAAGAAGGGGAUGACAUAAAGGACGUCAAGAGGAUAUUUAAAGAAGUAAUAGCUGAUAAUUUCCCAAGCAUGAGAUUGAAAACCAACAUCAGGUUCAGUGAAGCUUAUAGAACUCCAAAUAGUCAUAACCAAAAUAAAACUACACUCAGACAUAUAAUAAUCACCAUCCCAGAAAUCCAACACAAGAAUAGAUUAUUAAAAGCUGUCAGAGAGAAAAGACAGAUCACUUAUAAAGGAAAACCUAUCAGAAUCACAGCAGACUUCUCAGCACAAACAAUAAAGUCAUGAAGAGCAUAGAGUAAAGUAUUACAGAUCCUAAAGGAAAAUGAUUUCCAACCUAGACUGAUGUACCCUGCAAAACUAUCCUUCAAAAUCAGUGGUGAAAUAAGAUAUAUCCAUGACAAAGAACAGCUGAAGAACUUCAUGAUAGGGGCUGGGGAUUUAGCUCAGCAGCAUAAGCACCUGCCUUGUGAGCAGGCGGUCAUGAGUUCGAUCCCCAGUACCGAUAAAAAUGAAAAAGACAAAAAAAAAAAAAAAAAAAAAGAACUUCCUGAUCACCAAGCCAACCCUGCAAAAAAUACUGAAAGACAGUUUAGAUACACUUAGGAAAAAGCCACUAAGCAAAGCAGAUAAUUAAACAGAACACAAAGAUAAAGAUGCAACAGCAGAAAGAUAACAUGUCAACAAUAAACCAACAGAUAACAGUUAUAACCAUUAAUGUAAAUGGUCUCAAUGCCCCAAUUAAAAGAUACAGACUGGCAGAAUGGAUCAAGAAACAAAAUCCAACCAUAUGUUGUCUACAAGAAACCCAUCUAACCCAGAAGGAUACUCACAGACUGACAGUCAAAGGAUGGAAAACAAUACUCCAUGCAAUGGGAACCAAAAAAAAAAAAAAAAAAGCAGGAGUAGCCAUUCUGUUUGCAGACAAUGUGAACUUUAAACCAAUAAUGAUCAGAAGAGACAAAAAAGGUCACUGCGUACUCGUUAGGGGAAAACUUCAAAAGGAAGAGAUAACUAUCUUAAAUAUAUAUGCACCAAAUGCCAGAGCACCCAGUUAUAUAAAACAAGUAUUAACAGAAAUGAAAAAUCAAAUUAUCAGUAACACAAUUGUAAUAGGAGACCUUAACACAUCAUUGACAACAAGGGACAGAUCAACCAGACAGAAAAUCAGCAAAGAAAUAACAGAACUAAAUCACACAUGUGAACAAAUGGGUGUUCCAUCCAACAUCAGAAUACAUAUUCUUCUCAGCAGCACACGGGUCAUUCUCUAAAAUAGACCAUAUAUUAGCUCACAGAACAUGUUUAAAUAAAUGCAAAAGAGUUGAAAUUAUCCCUUGCAUGUUAUUGGAUCAUAGCACUUUGAAAUUAGAAAUUAAUGAUAAAAGAUACUGCAAAAAUCCCACAAACACAUGGAAACUGAAUAACACAUUCUUGAGUAAUCAGUGGGUCACAGGGGAAAUUAAAGAAGAAAUUAAACAAUACCUACAAGAAAAUGAAAAUACAAAUACAACUUACCGGAAUCUGUGGGAUGCAAUGAAAGCCGUCCUUAGAGGAAAAUUUAUUGCACUGAGUUCCCACAUCAGGAAAACAGAAUGAAUACAAAUAAAUAACCUGAUGCUACACCUCAAACAGCUAGAAAAAGAAGAGCAAGUCAAGCCCAAAGCCAAAAGAAGAGAGGAAAUUAUACAAAUCUGAGCACAACUCAAUGCAAUAGAGACUAACAUUCCAAUCAAUGAAUCAAAGAGUUAGUUCUUUGAAAGAAUAAAUAAAAUUGAUAAGCCCCCAGCCACCCUUAUUUAGAAAAGGAAAGAAAAAGCUCAGAUUCAUGCAAUAAGAAAUGAAAAAGGUGAAAUCACUACAGACUGUAUAGAAAUACAGAAGAUCAUCAACACCUAUUUUGGAAACUUCUACUCUCAAAGAUUUGAUAACACAGAAGAAAUAGACAGAUUUCUAGGAACAUAUGAAGUACCAAAGCUAGGUCAAGAGGAUGUAAAACUGCUGAAUAACCCAAUUUCCAUUAAUGAAAUUUAAAAUAUAAUUAAGUCCUUACCUACAAAGAAGAGUCCAGGCCCAGAUGGAUUCACUGCAGAAUUCUACAAGAAAUACAAAGAAGACCUAAUGCCAACACUCCUCAUACUUUUCAAUGAAAUUGAAAGGGAAGCAAUCCUUCCUAAGUCAUUCCUGGAAGCAAAUAUUACUCUAGUACCAAAACCUGAGAAAGACCCAACUAAAAAAGAGAACUAUAGACCAAUCUCCCUAAUGAAUACAGAUGCAAAAAUCCUCAAUAAAAUAUUGGCAAAUAGGAUACAGCAAAUCAUCAAGAAGAUUAUACACCAUGACCAAGUGGGAUUCAACAUAUGUAAAUCAAUAAAUGUAAUCCACCAUAUCAAUAAAGCCAAAAGUAAGAAUGACAUGAUCAUUUCUAUAGAUGCAGAAAAAGCUUUCGAUAAGGUCCAACAUUCAUUCAUGAUAAGAACUUUACAGAAAAUUGGAAUAGAUGGUCUUUACCUCAAUAUAAUAAAGGCCAUCUAUGACAAACCAACAGCCAGUAUCAUACUAAAUGACCAAAAAUUGAAAGCCUUUACUUUAAAAUCAGGCACAAGACAAUGAUGUCCUUACCACUCCUAUUUAAUCUAGUACUGGAAAUACUAGCCAGAACAAUUAGACAAGAGAGAGAAAUAAAAGGGGUAAAGAUAGGGAAAAAAGAAGUUAAAUUAUCAUUGUUUGCAGAUGACAUGAUACUCUACAUAGAAGACCCCCUAAGCUCCAUUGAAAGACUCUUAGAUAUAAUAAAUAAAUUCAGUAAUGUAGCUGAUGACAAAAUCAAUACUCAAAAAUCAAUAGCAUUCCUAUACACUAACAACAAAAUCACAGAGAAAUAAGAGAAGCCACACCCUUCACACUAGCAACCAAAAAAAUGAAAUAUUUAGGAAUUACUCAUAUGAAAGAAGUGAAAGACCUAUACAGGAAAAAUUAUAAUACACAGAAAAAAGAAAUUGAAGAGAUCUCUGAAAAUGGAAAGACAUCCCUUGCUUAUGGAUAGGAAGAAUAAAUAUUGUGAAAAUGGCCAUUCUCCCAAAACUCUUAUACAGAUUCAAUGUAAUCCCAAUAAAAAUACUAUCAAUAUACCUCAUAGAUCUAGAGAAAUCACUCCUAAAAUUCAUCCGGAGCGAGAAAAGACCUAGAAUAGCAAACAGUUCUAAGCAACAAAGGCAAGGCAGGAGGCAUCACAAUCCCUGACUUGAAGUUAUACUACAAAGCAACCAUAGCAAAAUCAACAUGGUACUAGAAUCAAAACAGAGCUGAAGAUCAAUGGAAUAGAUUAGAAGAUACAACCACAACUACAAACACACUCAACCACCUUAUCUUUGAUAAAGGAGCCAAACAGGUUCACUGGAAGAACGACAGUCUUCUUAAUAAAUAGUGUUGGAAAAACUGGCUCUGCAUUUGCCAAAAACUAAAAACUAGACCCAUGCCUAUCACCAUGUACUAAAUUAAAAUCUAAAUGAAUUAAAGAUCUGAAUAUUAAAACAGAAACACUAAAUCUGUUAGAAGACAAAUUGGGUAGAAACCUUGAAGACAUAGGGGUAGGUAGAGAAUUCAUGAACAGGACUCAAACCGCACAGGAAGUACUUCCCAGAAUCAAUAACUGGGACCACCUCUUAUUAAAAAGUUUCUGCAUGUCAAAAGAAAUAUCCAGCAUAGUGAAAAGAAAACCCACAAACUGGGAAAAAAAUCUUAGUGAACUCUCCCUCAAAAGACUUCUGUCUAAAACAUAUAAAAAAUUUUUAAGAAUCAGACUCCCAAAAUUCAAAGAUCCAAUCCAAAAAUGGGCAUCUGAGAUGAAUACACACUUUUCAGAUGAAGAAAUACAGAUGGCAAAUAAAUACAUGAAAAAAUGUUCAUCAUCAUUAGUCAUUAGAGAAAUGCAAAUUAAAGCCACACUGAGAUUCCAUCUCACUCCUGAAAGAAUGGCCAGGAUCAAGAAAACCACCAACAACAAAUGCUGGAGAGGCUGUGGGGGAAAACGAACUCUCCUGCACUGUUGCUGGGAGUGUAUACUGGUGCAACCAUUGUAGAGGUCAGUCUGGAGAUUUCUCAAAAAGCUGGGAUUGGAAGUCCCAUUUGUUCCAGCUAUUCCACUUCUAGGCAUAUUCCCAGAAGAACUGAAAGCAUCAUACCACAGUGAUAUAUGUGCACCUAUGUUUAUAGCAGCACAAUUUGUAAUCGCCAAGUGUCCAUCAACUGAGGAAUGGAUAAAAAAGUUGUAUUAUUAUACAGUGGAGUACUACUCAGCUAUAAAGAAGGAUCACAUUGAGAUAUUUAUAAAUAAAUGGAUGCAGCUUGAGACCACACUCAUAAGUGAAAUAAAUCAAACUCACGUAUAUGACUACCGAAUAGUUUCCCUAUUGUAGGAAAAGAUUCAGAUAUAGAAAAGUGUAUGGUAAUCAUGAUUCCCCAUUAUGUAGCUUUGAAGCCUUAUAAAGCUUUCACUCAUUAAUUGGAAUGGCUUUAUUCUGGGCUGUUAUUAUUGCCUGUGAUGAAAUGAACAGCUAUUUUGAAGAAAACAAGACAUCAUAAUAGCUAGUGCUGAUUUAAUACAUCUUAUUUUGAAGUCCCAUCAAACUGUUGCUCUUCUGUCUCCAUUGGUUUUAUCAUGUUGUAUCUUUCUGGAUUUUAUUAUAUGUGAUAGUAUAAACAAAAAUUUUUAUAGACAAAGAUAAUAUAGAAACCAUUGUUCGUUUUCCGUUAGCUGGUUCUAAAUACCCUUCAUCCACUUGAAUGGUUUCACACUGUCUUGAUAUGUUUGAUGCUAUACUAUGUGAAGUUAUAUUCAAAUAUUUCAAGGAAAGAGACACUAUGGUAACUACUAUUAAGUCGAGUUAUCUUGUAGUGAAGCACUAGGUUGCUGAAACUGUCAUGCUUUGACAUGUAUUGUUAUGUUGUUAUAUGCUUUUUUAUCUCAAUCUCCCCCUUAUUCAUAAAAAAAUUAUUUAUUUAUUUUAUUAUAUUAUUUUUUUAAUUAAGGGAAAAAAUAAAAAAAAUUAGCAGGAUAUAUUAUAACUUUUUUGAUUUCCUAUUAACUUGAGUUGAAGCCCUAUAUUACUCCCACUAUCUUGUUUUGACUGAUUAGACUGUUCCGUUCUGUUUAAUAGUAUCAAGUUUGAGGGUAUAGGCAACUACUUUGAAGGCAAUAAGAUUCACUUAUGAUGCCCAUUCUACUUAGAAUAUUAUCUUCUUUUGAAGUCCUGUAAUGUUUCCAAUUUUAGGUUUUAUUGGUCUUGUUCUGUACUGUUUUGUUCAAUUUUAUUAUACCUAAUGAUAUAGGCAAUUCUUUUUAAGGAAGCAAGAGGCAUUAUGGUAACCAUUGUUGAUAACCUUGUAUUCUGUUCUUACAUCAUGUGCUAUGUCUAUCCUUGGUUUUGACUGACAGCUUUGUUUUGUCAUAUUUGAUUUUAUUCUCUUCCAAAAAAAAGUAAUAAGAACUAUGGGAGUAAUAAAACCCAAAAUGUGUAAAUUUUUGUUGUAAAAAAGUGCUCUAAAGGAUAAAAAUGCAAGUAUGUUUAGGUGUGUUAAGAUAGAUGACCAUAUUACUGAGUUUUUCUUGGAUCAUUGAACACAACUGUUUGCAGUCUCACUGUUUGAAUGUCCACUUUGUAUGCUUUAAUCCUGUAACUUGAACAACUGUUUCUAAGAUGACAAUAUGUAAUCUAUUAAUAGUGAUUUCUUACCGUUUUUUUUUUUGUAAUUCUGUAUUACUUGUACCCUUAUACUGUUUUGUUUUGUUUUUCCUAAAAAAAAAGUCUUCAUUGACAAUGACAGGAUACUUCAUUGACAACAUUUAGCGAGGAGCAGGAGAACAUUUUCCUAAGUCAAUAAAGUAUAGCUAACAAAAUCCUCACCCCAAAAUCGUAGACAUUGAGAUACUUGAGGACUGUCCCCAAGAACACAGAACACCUUCCCCAAGAACACAGAGACGCCUUCCACCACACAAUGUAAUGUGACUUACUGAAAUCCCUAGCAACUGCCCGAGAGAGAAAGCAAGGGGGCCCAUGGGUUGAACAGUGCCUUCACCAAAGCACGCCGUAUGGGCUCACAGGGCAUCAGAACUGAUGUGUGUUCUGUAGACAAACUAAUGAAACCUUAGAAGGCAUGACAGAGGGCCUAAGUCGUGGAGGAUAGUGUGUGGCUGCAGCAAGUGGACAUCUGCCCAAGGUCGUUUCUCUCUAGUUCUCCGCUAAGUCAGAUGUGAUUUGGUUUAAAUCCCAGCAGAGUUUUGGGGAGUUAGAAAAUGGGCCACACAGAUCCAAGAACAGCACAAUCAUUCUGAGGAGGGAAGGGUUUGUCUGUGUGGACAGAGCACAGAGCUGAUCUCGGGAAGAACAGGCAGCCAGACGGGCAGAGGCCCUGGUCUGUGUCCUGGCCCAGAGAGAAGGGACUGGAGCUGGUGGCUGCUGUCUGGGCUGGGCCAGGUCUGCCUUCGGCCCCUAGGAAGCCAGGCCUCCCUGCAAUGCAGGGCUUGGCAGGCAGAGUCUCCCUGAACCUCCACCUGCCCCUGCCCAAUGCUCUGUCCCUGCUUGGUGUCCUCCCUGCAGGCUACGGGAUCCCCCUGCCAUUGGUGUUUCUCCACCCUCAUCUCUGUCCGCUGAACCCAGGGCCGUGUGUUAAGCUUGUGCUAAGCACUUCUUCACACGCCCCUUUCUGCAAAGGAACCAUCACUGGCCUGCACAGCUUCCUUCUUCCUGUCAUGCCUGGUGCUGGCCACCGGGGUUGGUCUCUGAGGGUCAGGUGCAGCUUUCAGCCAGUGUCCAGUGCCUCCACCCUAGCCGUCCCGCCCUCUCGCCCUUUGCCCACCUGCUGCAUCCGGACAGGACAUCCUCGGCCAGGACAGCUGACGUCCCAUGGCUUCCCCAGGCUGCAGGCUCACCCUGCUGUGCCUCCUGCUACUGCUGCAGGGGUCCCUGGCAGCAGUGUUCAUCACCCAGGAGGCAGCGCAUGGCGUGCUGCGCAGGCAGAGGCGUGCCAACUCCUUUCUGGAGGAGCUGUGGCCAGGCUCCUUGGAGACGGAAUGCAUGGAGGAACCAUGCACAUUCGAGGAGGCCCGGGAGAUCCUCAGGACCACCGAGAAGACGAACCAGUUCUGGGCUUCAUAUACUGACGGGGACCAGUGUGCCUCAAACCCUUGCCAGAACGGAGGCACCUGCCAAGACGACUUCCGGCUGUACAUCUGCUUCUGCCUCCCGAACUUCAGCGGCCGGAACUGUGAGACAAACAGGAGCGCACUGCUGAUCUGUGACAAUGAGAAUGGUGGCUGUGAGCAGUACUGCAGUGACCGCAAGGGAGACACGCGCAUCUGCCGGUGCCACGCGGGGUACACUCUGCAGCCGGACCAGGUAUCCUGCAUGCCCACAGUUGAAUAUCCAUGUGGGAAAAUACCAGUUCUGGAAAAAAGGAAGGACAGCAACAUCCAAGGCCGAAUUGUGGGAGGCCAGAAGUGUCCCAGAGGGGAGUGUCCAUGGCAGGCCAUCCUGAUGUUCAAUGGGGCACCACUGUGUGGGGGCUCCCUGCUGGAGACUGGCUGGGUGGUGUCUGCUGCCCACUGCUUCGACAAGCUUCAGAGCUUGAGGAACCUGUCUGUGGUGCUGGGUGAGCAUGACCUCAGCGAGGUUGAUGGCACUGAGCAGGUGCGAAAGGUGACACAAGUCAUCUUCCCGGACACAUAUGUCCGGGGCCAGAAAGACCACGACAUCGUGCUCUUGCGGCUGCAGCGGCCCGUAAACCUCACGGACUAUGUGGUGCCUCUCUGCCUACCCGAGACGGCCUUCGCACAGGGCACACUGGCCAAAAUCCGCUUCUCCCGUGUCAGUGGUUGGGGCCAGCUGCUGGACCGUGGCGCCAUGGCUGUGGAGCUCAUGGCCAUUGAGGUGCCACGGCUGAUGAACCAGGACUGCCUGGAACAGACUCAGAGGACAAACAGCUCGCCAGUGAUCACCAAAAACAUGUUCUGUGCCGGCUACUUGGACGGCACCAAGGACGCCUGCAAAGGGGACAGUGGGGGCCCACACGCCACGCAGUUCCGUGGCACGUGGUACCUGACAGGUGUGGUGAGCUGGGGUGAAGGCUGUGCGGCCGUGGGCCAGCUGGGCGUCUACACCAGGGUGGCCCGCUACAUCGAGUGGCUGCGCAGGCUCAUGCGCUCCCAGCCGGGGCGCAGUGUCCUGCGGGCCCCGCUCCUCUAGUCCCAGCCAGUCCCCGCAUGCAUCUGUGGCUGUGGCCAGGGGCAGAGAGAGACAGAGAGGGAGAGGACUCAAACUCCGGAGACCAGCACAGAGAUGAGCAAGGGACCGAAGAGGAGCCCCAGGUGGCCCUGCCCCAGCUGAGGCGCAUGUGCCUCGGAGGCCAUCACUCCACCUCUCUUCUUCCUCCUGUACAAGCCACAUCCUUGGUUCCAUUAAACUUGCUUGGGGAAGUGUUGUCCCCAAGCUGGGGAACACUCUCCUGCCUUCCUGAGCACCUGACUCAA